CUGUCGGGCAUAAAAAACGAUCCGCCGCCGCAGGAAGCGCGCACACACGCUCGCCCGGCCGUCUCUGGCAGCACACAGACACAGGCGCACCUGUCUCGGGGACCGAAGGUGUGCUCGAGCCCGUGCGACAGGGACGGCGGGAUGCGACAGGUGUGGGUGCGAGCGAGAGGGGGCGAUGCGCGCGCAGCGUCCCGACACGCCCGCCGCCGGUCGCCAGCAGUGAGCGGCGGACGUGGAGCAGGCAGCAGUCAGUCUACUGUGAGCCGCCGCGCCGCGCACACGGACACGGACACUGACAGCACCGCGACCGCGUCCCUCGAGCGAGAUCGGGAGUAG